AUGAUUUCUUCAAAAACAUCACGGCAUCUUUACACAGCAUCUCUCUUUUUUCUCAUCUUCCUAACUGCUUUAUGCCUGGCAAUUUCAGCAGCAGACGUGAUCAUUCAGGCCCUGACAGAUCGUACAGAAAGUGACAAAUUCGACUAUCGAAAUCUCGUUGUAGUUGGGGGCGGCUAUGUCUUACUUACUGUUCUUUCUCUACUAUUUUCUUGUAGUCGAGUGUUUACAGUAAGGAGCUCACUGCAAGAUAUCCCCAAGCUAUAUAUACCAAUUAAAGAGGAUGAUCUACCAAAGAGAGUGUUUAGUCAUAUCCAAGGCCAAUUUACUAAUGUAAAAGAGGUCAGAAAGGAAUGCAAACCUCUUUCUUCGGAUAUAAAGCUAGUAGGACGUGCUUUACCAGGAGAACCUUUGUUUGAUGGCGUCGACUUUAAGAGAGCCAUUGCCAGAACCCCUACCAUCAUCGAGUAUGCCCGACCUCUUUAUGUACCCGUUCGACAGUAUAUGGAGUUUCUUAUGCACCACAAUCUUGUGGACUCUCAGCUAGGUUGUGUGUAUUUGGAAGGAUAUGAACGAGCUAGAUUUAGUCGAGAUCAGGUUAGCCAGGCUGAAUACCUUGAUAUCAUGAAACAUCUUGCCGUUAUGUUGCACCAUAUGGGAUUUUACUUUAACCUCAGGGAACACUCAGAGACAUAUGAGUCUGAGGACCCAAAUGAUGAUGCCUCUGGUCAUGAAUCAUUUGAAGCGUCUAAUUCAACCGCUUCCCCGGGAUCGUAUCAACGCCGCAAUCUUAGCAUUAGGACUACAGGAACACAAAAUCCUUCCAAGGCUCGUUCUAUAGAUCAAGGAGGUCCACUCGAGGAUGAUGUUGUUUCACUCGCUCAAUCUGUUGCAACAUGGACAUCUCGCUCUACCUCAACCGUAAAUCAAAGGAACACACAAUCUAUUACUAGAGCAUCCUUAACCAGACCAGUCCCAGAUAGAACUUACACAGAUGACGAUAAAAGGAUAACGGUUUAUGAGCGCCUUAUGAUGGAUCGUAUAGGCAUGCGUCUAUAA